AAAAAUUAUGAACUUUUUAUAAUUUUAUAAUAGGCAUUUUUUAUGUGUUCAGUACCUAAUUUAAGUGAAAUUAUAGCUGAUUUGACGAUUUAUCAUCCUAACCUAUCUCGCAAACAGCUAACUAACCUCCUUGAUGUGUCUGUUCAGAUGACAGAUCGCUGUAAGCAACUGUUCAAUUUAAAUAAUACGAGGCUUCCAAACAAUAGGAGUAAUAAAUGAUGAAUGUUCAAAUAAGACACCCUUACGAGGGUCUAUUACAUAAAUAUACUAAUGCCAUGAAAGGAUGGCAAUAUCGUUGGUUUAUACUUAGACCAGAGACUGGAGAAUUGCACUAUUUUUUAAGCGAAUCUGAACGAAAUCAACGACCACGAUGCUCGAUAUAUUUAGCUGGUGCAGUGAUUGCGCCGAGUGAUGAAGAUUCUAAUACCUUCACCGUUAAUUCUGCUACAGGUGAUAUGAUAAAAUUAAGAGCCACAGACGCCCGAGCUCGUCAAGAGUGGGUUGACAAACUGCGAGCUGUUACAGAAAUGUAUACUAGAGCAAUAGCUAGUAGUCAUCCUCCUUUACCUCCAAGAGAACAUUCUGCCAAUUCCAACAGAAAUCCAGUUGCCAAACUGGAAGUUUUAGACGCAUUUGCUAAUUGUCAGGAGCAAUUAAGAAAAGUAGAAAAGCAUAAUCUUGCAUUAGCCCAAACCAUUGAGAACUCAAGUUUAAAUUUAGAUCCCGAUUUGUUAGUACUUAAAGCAACUGCACAUACUACUUUACAUAUAUUAAAUCAAUGCCUCAAUAUAUUAUAUCAGUAACUUAUUAGAAAUUUUGUUAUCAUUCAUCAAAAACAUGAAAGAAUUAUUUUAUCAAUUAUUAUCAAAAUGUAUCAAGUGCACUCCAUUUAAUUUGGGUAGGUUAUAUUUUUGAUUUGUUAUUGACGAUCCAGUUGUGUGAUCUUCCAAGUCAGCGACAUGUGAAAUAUUGCUUUCUUGUUAAUUGCUAGAUAAAAACAAAUAAUUACCACAUUUCUAAUAUUUUUCAAUAUAAGGUCUUGCUAUGGUGUGGCGUUGUUUCAAACCUUUAAAUCUAUAUAUAUAGAUACUAAUCGGAUUGAUAUAGAAUUAAACAAAUGUUUGUGAUUAUUGUACGUAGACAUAUGAAUAAAAAAAUAUACUCAUAUA